UCACCCUCCUGCUUUUGCCGGAUAUUGUUACAGAUAAAGUUACGUAAUGAAUAUUUGAUGUGCAGUUGGACAGUCCCUCAUGCCAAACCUGAUGGGGCAUACCAGGGUGAACCUUUUGUUUGGGUCGGGACAAGGUUCAAACCCAUGGCAGGGCAGCACUCGGACACAAAAAGUGUACACAAAAAAAUGCAGCUCCCUUUUUUAGAGGAGCUCUUGUCAACACAACAGAUUGCAAUGCCUUGCACUCUCAUGCUGCCUUGACUCUUCCUCCUCGUAGCUCUUCAUAUCCCUCCCACUAUAUUCCCUCCUCCCCCCUCUCUCUUUCCUCUUCCAUGUACUGCCUAUGUGCACCGUGCCGCUUCACCGUCGGCACAAGGCAGCUAGAUGUAAGUUGAAUCGAGGCGACGGUUAGAGAGGUGACAAUGAGGUCGAGCGGGAUAAUGAAUUUCCAGCAGCCGGUCUGACUGUCAAGGUGGAUUGGGCAGAUGUGAAGAUAUUCCUGACUUGCCUCCAUCUUCUGGUUUGGAUCUUUACAUUGCCAUCCUUUUUAAAGAGCAGGCAGUUGGAAGGCUUAAACUCCAGAUCGCAGUUCAGCCUUGAAGGGAAAUUGCCAGACUUGAAAUCUACUCAUCAGCCUCUCAAGAGCAUCUGAUUAAAAGACAGAAGAGGACGAGGGAAUCAAGGAAUUCCUCAACAGGAAAAAAAAUUAAUGUAUUUCUUUUGGAGUACCGUGUGAUUGUCAGUCUAUUUAUUAAUUUGAGAAAAAGAUCUCCAACAAAACAAUGCUCGUCAUACUUGCCAUCCUUUAGAACAAAUACCUUCAGACCAGAGAAGCUUCACACGUGCAGCUCAUUCAUCUGAUUCGAAAGAAUACUUUUGAUUGCUGGACAUUGUUCCAGGAUGCAGGUUUCACUUGUGUGCACGGACCACCGCGGCGGGGUGAGUCGCACCACAGAAGACCGGCUCAACCGGCAAAAUGCUAACAGUCCCGGGACUGGGACGCGAAGCAAGUUCCGAGCUGUGGCCAUGGUGGCUCGGAGUCUCGGCCAGCUCUCUGUUCAGAGUGUGCCGUCUUCCAGCGAACAAAGCAUGAGGACCGGCAUGAAGUAUAGAAACCUUGGGAAGUCGGGUCUGCGCGUGUCCUGCCUUGGAUUAGGAACAUGGGUGACGUUUGGCGGGCAAAUAACAGACGAGAUGGCGGAGCAGCUGAUGACUCUGGCGUAUGAAAAUGGCAUCAAUCUGUUUGACACGGCCGAGGUCUAUGCUGCUGGGAAGGCUGAGGUGGUGCUGGGGAACAUCAUAAAAAAGAAAGGAUGGAGACGCUCCAGUCUGGUGAUAACCACAAAGAUCUUUUGGGGAGGAAAAGCCGAGACUGAAAGAGGUUUAUCUCGAAAACAUAUUAUCGAAGGUUUAAAAGCUUCUCUAGAGCGACUGCAGUUGGAAUAUGUCGAUGUAGUAUUUGCAAACAGACCGGAUCCUAACACACCUAUGGAAGAAACAGUUCGAGCGAUGACCCAUGUUAUAAAUCAAGGCAUGGCCAUGUACUGGGGGACAUCGCGCUGGAGCCCUAUGGAAAUAAUGGAAGCGUAUUCUGUGGCAAGGCAAUUCAAUCAGAUCCCUCCCAUUUGUGAGCAGGCCGAGUAUCACAUGUUUCAGAGAGAGAAGGUGGAGGUGCAGCUACCUGAACUUUUCCAUAAAAUAGGUGUGGGGGCCAUGACGUGGUCACCGCUGGCCUGUGGGAUCAUCUCAGGGAAAUAUGACGGAAGGGUGCCCCCAUACUCUCGGGCCUCUCUGAAGGGAUACCAGUGGUUGAAGGACAAGAUCUUGAGCGAGGAGGGUCGGCGUCAGCAGGCGAAGUUGAAAGAGCUGCAGGCGAUCGCGGAGCGGCUGGGCUGCACUCUGCCCCAACUCGCCAUCGCAUGGUGUCUACGUAACGAGGGGGUGAGCUCUGUCCUUUUAGGAGCGUCCAACACUGACCAGCUGAUGGAGAACAUAGGAGCCAUUCAGGUUCUCCCCAAGCUGUCGUCAUCCAUCACACACGAGGUGGAUAGCAUCCUGGGCAACAAGCCGUACAGUAAAAAGGACUACCGCUCUUAACGCCCGGUAGCCGCAGCGCGUCCCGCCUUUUUGCCUGAUCCUCCGUUUGCUUGAGCUUCUACAGAGCGAGACCCCCCUCCCUCGGCCCUCCCAAACAUCCCAACCCCACUAAACCUCAACCUUCCUGGCGCAUGAGUGUGGUCGCACCAAAAGGCCACCGGGGGGCUCCCUCGCUCACACUUCCAGGGAUAAGAAGGGGAAAAAACUGGCAUCUCGAAGAGAUUUGCAAAUCAGACUUUCAAAAGGGAAAUGAGUGAAAAACAUAAUAAGCACAUGCUGACUUGAGUAGUCGGAUGUUAUUCUGCCACGCGGAGCAAGCUGAUGGUCAUAUGUGAAGAACACAUGUUUUCGUGUUAUCUUCUACGUCCUCUUGUGUUGGUGUCUUUGUCUGAUAACAAUCAGCACUUUAGUAUGGUCAGUGUCGCUACUCCAUUCUUUGCAGACAUUGCACGACACAAGAAGUUUCCUCCUGGUGUCCUGACGUUCUCUAUCUUGCGAGUUAUCUAAAUUGUUUUAUUAUGAUGCUUCGUACUCGUGCUGCCUUUUUUCAACCCCAUUGAUCCCCCUGUCGUCCUGUUAAGCAGAGUUAGCACCCGGCUAGCAGACCUGCGUCUUUCGCGUUAACUUUAGCUUAAAUGUUUAGGUCAAAGAUGCGGACACUUUGGCACUUGUUCACUUUCAGUAGGCGUUACACUGCCUGUGUUUUAAGUUUUUAACUUAAACUGGAGAAUCAGCCAUCCUGACUUUUGUUCCCAUUAGGGUGUGAAAGAUGCCUCAUUAGCUAAAGGAAGGGGUUAUUCAGGCUCCUUUUCUUUUUUGCUAUCAGUUUGUGUAUCUCACUCUUCAGCUUCUAAUGGAAACGUCAGUUUUAAAAUAAGAGUGGCGGCCAUGUGGCACUUGUUCACCAUAAGGAGAUGUCAGUGUGUCUGCUUCUUAGCUUUAACGUCAAUGUUAGCAAAAGAAUCAUAUGUACCUACAAAGUAUGCUCGGCCUUCUCUAUCUGAGAGGGUUAACAUCCCAUCGUAUUUAGCUUUAAAUUGUUGUUCUAAUGGAGGGCGAACUAAACCUUUUUUUUUGUUUUUUUUUUAAAUAAUACAUUGUAUAUGCACACACUAGUCAAAAACUCAGUAGUCCAAUUCACUCACUGCUAUGGGUGGCGAUAGACAUCCAAACCAUUUAAACGGUAGGGCUGGCUGCGAUUUGCGAAUGAGUGGUCAUUUAGCACUAACUGUGCCAGUUAAAUUUGAUUUGACAUCAGUGUUGUUUUGGGGAGCCCUUUUAAUUUUCUUGUGGACGAAAAUACUUUUUAGUCUUAGUCAUAUUUUAGUCAUUUCAAAAUGUGUUCGUCUUCGUUUAGUUUUAGUCGAUGACAUCUCAUCCAAAUUUCUUCUAGUUUUAGUCAACAGUUAGGCAAAAUGUUUUCGACUGUAAAAUUCAAACGUUUUAGUCCAAGAUAGAGGUUUCCAACAAUUUAGAAUGAAUACAAGGACAAGACAAACUUGAUGAAACACACUCAUCAGGAAAAACAGUACAUCUGGUCAUUUCCAAUUAAACCUGCCUGUAAACCAUGAACUGUAUGUAGAAAAAAAAGUUUUAGAUUGGCAUUAGCUCAUGCUAAUGCGAAUUCUACGCUAACGCUAGGAGUUAAAUUUAGCGUCUCAUGAUCACU